ACAGAAGCAGUGAUGAAGUCGGUGGUGUAAAAUGGUGUUAGUGCUUCUCGCGAGCUUCUUAUCUUGAUGGUUGGCCGUGCAUAUAUCUUGAUGAAUUUUGGAAUUCAUUUGGAUAUUUCGUACGUUUCUGAAGAGGAUUAAUAUUAAAUUUCUCAUAUUGUUCACGCAUAGGAUUUUAAUACACAUUUUCCAUAUAAAUUAAUCGUUAUAUCAGGUUUCUUGGAUUUGUGAAGUGACAUAGUUAUUUACGAGCUGUUGUGUUGGUGAAAUGUUGUCUCAACUUCCUGUACAUGGCGAAGACUCAUGAGCGUCGUCAGUCGUGUUGAAUAGUCAAACGCUAGUGUUCAAAAGGUGUUUUAUCCUUUUUACAAGAACUUUUUCCAGCCAAAUUGAUCCGGUUGUAUCAUCUGAAUCAAUUAUAUUGUGCCAGUUGUGUGUGAAAAUGAUGAACAUGGAAACGGAUGAGAUUAUCGAAGACACAAACACGAAUCUUCAGUAUCCAAUAACAAUACUUUAUGAUCCUACUCGCAAGAAAGAACUGCCAUCUGGGGUAUCUGCGCAAUAUAGGCAAGAAAAGGAAACUUGUAUGAAACUCUUUGAGAAGUGGAGUGAACCCGAACAAGUUAACUUUGUUGAACAAUUGUUGACAAGAAUGUGCCACUAUCAGCAUGGUCACAUCAAUGCAUAUCUGAAACCAAUGUUGCAGAGAGAUUUUAUUUCUCUACUACCAAAAAAAGGAUUGGACCAUGUGGCAGAAAGUAUUCUUUCCUAUCUAGAUGCUGAUUCAUUAAUUGCUGCUGAAUUAGUAUGUAAAGAAUGGCUCAGAGUAAUUAGUGAAGGAAUGCUUUGGAAGAAAUUAAUUGAAUGUAAAGUUCGGACUGAUUCAAUAUGGAGAGGUCUUGCAGAAAGGAGAGGAUGGAUUCAGUAUUUGUUCAAGCCAAGGCCGGGGGAAAGCCACCCAAAUCACAAUUUCUAUAGAUCUCUUUAUCCCAAAAUAGUUAAAGAUAUUGAUAGUAUAGAUAACAAUUGGAGAAUGGGAAGAUUUAAUCUUCAACGAAUAAAUUGUAGAAGUGAAAAUUCAAAAGGUGUUUACUGUUUACAAUAUGAUGACCAAAAAAUUGUCUCUGGUCUUAGAGACAAUACAAUUAAAAUCUGGGACAGAAGUACACUACAGUGCAUUAAAGUCUUAACAGGACACACUGGUUCUGUUUUAUGUUUACAGUAUGAUGACAAAGCAAUAAUAUCUGGUUCCUCUGAUAGCACUGUAAGAGUUUGGGAUGCUAAUACUGGAGAAAUGGUUAAUACAUUGAUACACCAUUGUGAGGCAGUUCUACAUCUCAGAUUUAAUAAUGGCAUGAUGGUCACUUGUUCAAAGGAUCGUUCAAUUGCUGUAUGGGAUAUGACAUCACAAACGGAAAUUGCAUUAAGAAGGGUAUUAGUGGGGCAUAGGGCAGCAGUAAAUGUUGUUGAUUUUGAUGAAAAAUAUAUCGUUUCUGCUAGUGGUGAUAGGACUAUUAAAGUAUGGAAAACAUCUACUUGCGAAUUUGUGCGAACAUUAAAUGGACAUAAACGGGGUAUAGCGUGUUUGCAAUAUAAGGACUGCUUAGUAGUUAGUGGUAGCAGUGAUAAUACAAUCAGAUUAUGGGAUAUUGAAUGUGGUGCGUGCUUACGCGUCCUAGAAGGACAUGACGAAUUGGUCAGAUGUAUUAGAUUUGAUAGCAAGCAUAUAGUUAGUGGAGCUUAUGAUGGAAAAAUUAAAGUAUGGGAUUUGGUGGCUGCACUAGAUCCACGUGCUCUAACUAACUCGCUUUGUAUACGUACAUUAGUGGAACACACAGGUCGUGUAUUUCGUCUUCAGUUCGAUGAGUUCCAGAUAGUAUCGUCGUCGCACGAUGAUACAAUAUUAAUAUGGGAUUUUCUCAAUUUUAAUCCAUCAAAUGGAUCUGUAUCAUCCUGUGGGCCUGCAGCAAUAAAUGCAUCAGGUGUGAAUCAAUCUGAUACUAGAUCUCCAUCUCCAUUUGAGUGACGCAUCCCUAUGAAUAUUCCUUCAUUGUGAUAUAAUUACAAGUGAUUAGUGAGUGAGUUCAAUGUGUUCACGGUAGUGUACGCAGGAAAUGAAGAAUCAGUGUCCAGUGUGAACAGCGCCUAGAAAAAAAAAGAAAAUCUCAGCAAAACACGGUCAUUGAUUUUGGUUUAUUAUUUGCUGUGAAAAGCAAAAGAAAUUCUCUCAAUAAUAGGAUAUAUAUGGGGUGACAGAUAAAACUACGAAUUAAUUUAUAUGCGCUUGACGCACUGCGUUUAGUAACGAACAGUAUAAUUAAAAAUCACAUAAAUACAUCCCAUGGAUGUAAACAAUUGUUUGCUUUGGCCAUAUUUGGAAUUCUUCUACGCUCUAUGACAUGAUAGAAGUUGACCACUUUCCUACUACUAUGAAAAAAAGACUUAAGAUACGUAAAGGAAAUGAAAACGUUUUUAGGCUGGAUACACUUAAUAAGAUGGUAGCUGUAUUAUAGUAAAUUAAUAAUUUCUUUUUUUUUAAUGUAAUUAAUUUAUAGUAAGGAGAUUGUAAAAUGCCGUUUGAUUGGAGUACUUAUCUGGUGUGAAUGUGGACAUUCAAGUCUUGAUAUGUGGAAGGAUUAUUAUAACUAUCAUAUUUCAUUACCUUUUAAAUCUAGCUAAUGUGAAUUACUAUACCCAUGUUUAGUAUUAUAAAUGUACAGCCGUUAAUCGAAGACAUAGUAGUUUCCAUGGACAUUAAUUUUAUGAAAUUUAUAUUAUAUAAUGAAAAGUAAAUGGAAAGCUAAUAACCUCUGCACAGUCAUUGAUAUAAAAUACCAUUUGCAUUUAAAAUAUAAAGUUUCAUUAUACCGAGAUGUAAAUAUUGAUUCAUAAAAAAGCAAUAUAGUGACUCUGAGGUAAUCUUAGCUGCUGUGAAGAAAUUAUUGUGUUUUGACUAAUGAUCUUGGAUCAUAUGUUUCAACUUUUGUUUAAGCUACAUCACAUUUUCAAUUAUAAGUUAUAAGUGUGCUCUGAACAAUAUUAUAUGAGUUAAAAUAUAAUUGUCAUUUUCGA